CAAAAAAGAGGCCUCGUUUUUAUUGGAACUUUUGGCUUUACGUAUUAAUAAUAUCAUUUAAGAUUUUUUCAUUUCUUCGGAACAAUAAAAUGUGAAGUUACAUUUGCACAAAUAUAUUGCUUUAAGUACACUAGAACUAAGUAACACAAAAGAAUUUGGCUUAACGAGUUUGCAAAUCUCCGUUUCAUAUUAACUACAAACCUCUUGAAGUUGAACGAAAUAAAUGUUUUAUUGAUCUAAGGCAACCUUUAGGAAACAAAAACAUUCGAUUCUUGAUUGUGGUAUUGAUGAUUGAUAAUCAUCAUAUUACAUGUAUUAUAUUUUAGGAAAUUACUCGUAGGGUUGUGCAUAGAGCCUGAGAGAACAACGUAUAUAAAAAAGAUCAUAAACAGGCGUGCUCUUUGACGCUGUUUAAUUUUGGUACAAAAAAAGGCACAUUGGGCAAAUGCAGGACAAUCGUGAUAACAAUAACAUCAGCAACAAUGUUUCAUCUCUCUCACACACAAAAAUGCACCGUAAUUUUAAACUCCUAGCUGAUCCACAGUUGGUGAAAUGCGGCGUGAAGUUAUAUCGCUACGACGGUGUUGUGCCAGGAGACCCGACCUAUCCAACAAUUACGCCAAGGGACCCUCGCAAUCCGCUUAUUCGUAUUCGUGCCAGACCGGUUGAUCCACUAAUGCUGCUUAUACCUAGAUUUGUAAUUGAUACUGAUUACGUUGGACAACCACCUGCUAUUGAAGUUACCGUUGUCAACCUGAAUGACAACAUUGAUAGGCAGUUUCUGUCUAGUAUGUUGGACAAGUGUGGAACAUUCGACGAAAUAAAUAUUUACCAUCAUCCUACAACAAACAAACAUAUGGGCAUUGCCCGCAUCGUGUUUGAAAGUGCAAAAGGAGCCAGACAGUUUGUGGAAAAAUACAAUGAAAAGUCGGUGAUGGGAAAGAUAUUAAAUGUGUUUUGCGACCCUUUUGGCGCUAUUUUAAAAAAAACUCUCGAAAGCCUAACAAAUCGAAAUGUGGGAAAUCCUGUAACCGGUACCAAUGUAUCUACUCAAUCCCAGAAAGAAGGUGAUUUCACUCAGGGUUGUACUGAACCUGACUCCUUAGAUCAUUCAAAUUCUAGUUACAACCCUUUACAAAAUAAUCUUGAUGUACGUUGUAGAGAACGUAACUGGGAUCGGGAGAGGAAUAGAGAGGGAGAUCGUCAUUUCAAAGAUCGAAGUCGACAUUCAUUGGAAAGAACCUAUAGUCGUGAGCAUGGAGUACGUGAUAAACAUUCCGCUUCUUUUAAAUAUGAUCGAAAUUAUUAUAGACAACGGUCUAGAGAUAAAAGUCCUGAAGUUCCAAGGGACAGAGUAUAUAUUGGGAGGGAUCGUGACUAUCAACGUUCUGGAGAAAGAAAUACAAUUCGGGAACGAAUACGAUCGAGGGAACAAUUAAGAGGAAAAAAAGAACAUCGAUAUAACUCGCCAAAAGAACGUGAGUACCGAGACAGAGAUCGCGACCGAUAUACCGAAACAGAUAGAAGGGACCGAAUAAGUCUUAAAUAUAAUAAGCGGUACUAUCAUGAAUAUUCCGAAACUGAUAACAGCUCUUCAAAUUUAAAAAAGAAUCAAUACUACUCUGAAGCUUCAGGAUCUACUUUAUCUGGUGGACACUAUAGCUACAAUAAUUAUUCUUACUCUUCGACCGAAAAUGUUCAUUCAUGGACUGGACAUAAAAAAUGGAGCGCGUCUCAAACAAACUUCCAUUCUCAAAUAAAUCCACCCGCACCUCAAGAUGAGGAAGAAAAUUGGGACGAUCUAAAUUCAAAACUGGGAAAAAAUGUGAUUGUGUCAUCUUCGCAAUCAUCGACCGCGAAAAGUCAAUCGCCCAAGUCGAUGAAUUUUGAAUAUGAGUCAAAGGAAAAAACUGAAAGAGAAGUAAGUUCAGAACCAGAAAAUGUAGACUUAGAUACUCGAAUAGCAUUAAUAUUUAAAGGGAAAACGUUUGGAAAUGCACCGCCGUUUCUACAGAUGGAUAGUAGUGACUCCGAAACAGAUAAAGGCAAGCAAGUCAAAUCUAUAGACAUUAAUUCAGAUUCAAAUAAUUCAGAGAAUAAAUCAAAAUCAGUCCAUAGAAGUGUAAUAUCUGUACAACAGCAACAUGGAGCAAGUGAUAUUUCAAGUGACGAUGAAUUGCUUGUUAAAAAAAACAAAUCUAAAAUCAAUAUUACUACUCAAAACGACAAAAAUGAUGACAUGUCUUUAUCGAGCUUAUCUUCUCAUGAGGAUCCGACCCAAGAUAUAUUGGCUUCGGAAGAUGGGAUACCUCAAAAACAUAAUUUAUCCUCAUCCUAUAUAUAUAAAAAUCCAUCUGAUCAACACCCCUAUUAUUAUCAAGCUACAGGCUAUGGACACUAUCCUUCCACUCUCCCACCGGACUCUGGUUUAACCAGCCGAUUAUUUUCAAACGCCGCUUAUAUGCAGCCGGUGUAUUUGGCAGGCGUUACUGCAUUUAGUUUGGAUCCAUAUGACAAAGCAUUUAACUAUCAAUAUACCUUUUCAGAUCAGAAUGAUGAAAUAACAACAAAAUUAAAAAAAGUUAUUAACUAUAUUGUGGACGAGUUAAAGCAGAUCUUAAAACGAGAUGUAAAUAAACGGAUGAUUGAAGUAAUAGCUUUCAAAAAUUUCGAAACAUGGUGGGAUGAGAAUACAUUAAAAGCUCGUUCCAAAACAGUAGUAGACAUAACUGAAUCUACAUUUAAUACUACCUCAAAUGUUCAGAAAGAAACCGUUUGGAAUGAGAAGGCUCCUGACAUUAAUCAAUUCAUAAAUACGCAACGUGAAAUUUUAGAUUUUCAAUCAUUCUCAAGUAUAGGUAUAAGAGCGGCAAUGCCAAAGCUGCCAUCUUUUCGACGUGUUCGAAAACAUCCUAGUCCUCCUAGUCCGAACGAACGUCAUUCAAUGGAUAGAGAUCUUAGCGAUCAGGAGGAAAUGGUUCAAUGUUCAGACUCUGAAAAGGAAGAUUCUAAUAUUGGCAAUUCUGAUAUUUUACGUUCCAGUUUGAAGGAGAGCGUUUUAAAUCAAGAUUUGCUGCCAGCUGUUGGUAAUUUAAAAAGAAAGGAAAGUAUUUCAAGUUUCUUUUCUUCGUCGUCAUCGUCAUCAAGUGAAGCUGAAAAUGAAAUCCAUGAAGGUGGUGGAGUCGAAAGGACCAGUGAUGAUGAUAGUUUUGAAGAAGAGCGUCAUCAAAAAGAUCGGACCCAACGACAAAAACUUAUAAAAAAUAGAGGUCGUUUAAGUCUAACACCUACUGAGAAUAUGACAAUUAAAAAUAUAUACUCGGAUUCUGAUGAAGACAAAAAACUAAAUAAGGAAUUUGGCUUCACAAGACGAGGUCGGACGAAAAAAAAUAAUAUUUAUUCCGAUACUGAUGAAGAAAAUGAAAAUGCUGUAAAGAAUAAGAUCAUAUUAUCAUUUCCCUCUGACCUCGAAGAUAUCAGCAAAGAUAGUAGUUUUGGGUUAGGGGAAAACGAAAAUGACGCCACAUUUGUGUCAGCGGUUAGGGUUACACGAAAAAUUGAUAAAGAAUGUCGACGGUCUCCCACACCUGUUCCCCCACCAGACUACAAUGAAGAGGACAUAGAAAAGAUAGAUGAUUAUAAACAAAAAUGCGCUUUUGAAUAUGAUCGAAUUUACAGCGACUCCGAAGAAGAACGUGAGUAUCAGGAGAAGAGACGACGAAAUACUGAGUACAUGGCCCAAAUUGAACGGGAAUUUUUGGAGGAACAAGAGAGGAAGAACGAAAACCAUUUAAAUGAGAGCCGCGAAACAGUAGACAGCAAAAAAUCACUGCUAGACGACCGCGCAGAGAAUCCUGUUAUUUCAAAACUCCAAUCGAUUGUAUUAUUAAAUAAUUUAAAUAAACAAGAUGAACAACUUUCUGCCAAAAAAACGAAUCUGCAAAAUCAUAUUAGCAUUGAAAUAGUUCAGAAACCAGAAUAUAAUAAUAAAUCAAAUUUGAAGGACGAUUUGCGUUCGUUAAAACCUUGCGAUGGUGAUGAUCACGGUUACAUAAAAAUAUGCACAAAUACUAAUGAAGAAAAUAAAAUAAAUCAAUCACCGGCCUCAUCAGACGGAGGAUCUAGUCAAGCAUCACAGGCAAGCCAAGUUGCGCUAGAACAUUGCUACUCAUUGCCUCCGCAAGCGCAGUGUGUUUUCUCCAGCAUCCCGUAUUAUAAGCUUGAUGAUCAGAGUACAAAACUGUUGGAUCAUAAACGGGAAAUUAAUAUGAUUGGUGUUGGUCAAAUAACACGAUCAGGGCCAGGCAGACCACGGAAGGAUUCUACUCGUACUCAAAGAAAAAAGAAAGACCUAAUACCACGAAAAACGAAUGUAAAGAUGAAAAUAGAACCAAUUAAAAAGUCGUUGGUCGAGCUAGCGCGACAGACGACGAAUUUUGUUCCAAAUAAAAUAUAUAGAGCUCGUGAUCAAAAUGAGGAAAUGGUUAUCUUAUACACUUUCCUUACAAAAGGCAUUGAUACUGAAGACAUUAACUAUAUAAAAACGAGUUAUUCGGAGCAUUUGCAAAAAGAACCAUAUGCUAUGUUUCUAAACAAUACGCAUUGGGUAGAUCAUUGUACAACUGACCGCGCCUUUUGGCCAUCACCGCCAAAGAAGCGUAGAAAAGAUGACGAACUAAUGCAUCAUAAAACUGGUUGCGCUCGGACUGAAGGAUUUUAUAAAUUGGAUGUCAGAGAAAAGGCCAAACAUAAGUACCAUCAUACAAAAGCAAAUACAGAGGAUGCUUUCAAUGAAGACCGUACUGAUGAUCCUACAGCUCUUACCAAUCAUCAUCAUAAUAAAUUAAUUUCUAAAAUGCAAGGCAUAUCCCGAGAAGCGCGGUCAAACCAGAGACGACUUUUAACGGCGUUUGGUUCUAUGGGCGAAUCUGAGCUUUUGAAAUUUAAUCAGCUCAAGUUUCGGAAAAAACAGUUGAAGUUUGCUAAGUCUGCUAUACAUGACUGGGGGUUGUUUGCAAUGGAGCCUAUAGCUGCAGACGAAAUGGUUAUUGAAUACGUAGGUCAAAUGAUACGACCUGUGGUUGCGGAUUUAAGAGAAACAAAAUAUGAAGCUAUUGGAAUUGGUAGUUCUUAUUUAUUCCGGAUUGACAUGGAAACUAUAAUCGAUGCUACUAAAUGUGGAAACUUGGCUCGAUUUAUUAAUCACAGUUGCAAUCCAAAUUGCUAUGCAAAGGUCAUUACUAUAGAGUCUGAAAAAAAAAUUGUUAUAUAUUCAAAGCAACCUAUAGGCAUUAAUGAGGAAAUAACAUACGAUUACAAAUUUCCGCUGGAAGAAGAAAAAAUACCUUGUUUAUGUGGAGCCCAAGGAUGCCGUGGUACCCUUAACUGAAGCAUAAAAUAUGUGAAUACUUCUAUAAAUGAAACGCGUAUGUUAAAAGUUUUUGACAAAUGUAAAUUUAUUGUGUUUACUCAGACGCAAACAUAUAUAUACAAAUACUAGCUAUAUUUAUUUUACUUGCAAUUCCUUUGUAAAAUGAGACAAAUGCGUAAUUUUAUGAGUAAUGAUAAUAUAUUAAGUUACAAACAGUCUAAAUAAUAUAUAGAUACAUAUAUAUAUAUAUAUAUACCUAUACUUGUAAAUAUUUAAAUUAUUAACAUUAAGAAUACAUAAGUUAUGAAAAAACUAUUAAUUUUAGAAAGUAAUAAAUUUUGUUUUAGUGAAAA